UCGUUUGCUUUACAUCAAAAACGCUCUACGUUAAACAUGUUAUCAGCACAAGACUCUUUUUAUUUUAUUUUUCUCGAAGAUGAGAAGGCCCGACGGUUUCAGAUGCACACCGCAGAUGACACUUGAGGAUAAAAUUUGCUAACUGAGAUCAACGAGCAGCUUUCAGUGCUUCCACUGGCACGACACGCGUAGGCAUCGUCAUGCUCAACAACACGAACACAAAGGAUGGAGAAGGCACGACGCUUUCAGAUGCACACCGCAGAUGACAUUCGAUCGACAUCACGCGGCUUCGUCCGGAUCUCGAUCGGCCGGUGUCCGCCGUGGUCAGUACAGUAAGGCAGGCAUGGCGUCCGAGGUGACCGGGCUCGCCGUGGUCUCGGCCGCCGCGUCCGUGGCCCUGGCCUACGCUCGUCUCGCCACCUCGCGGCUGGGCCCCGGCAUCCCCCGCCUCGCGGCGCUCCUCCCGGUGCUCCUACUCCUCCCAGUCCUCCCCUUCGCCUUCUCCUCCAUCCACCUCCGCACCAUCUCCGCCUUCUUCCUCGUCUGGCUCUGCGGCUUCAAGCUCCUCCUCCUCGCCGCGGGACACGGGCCGCUCCACCCCACCCUCCCGCUCGUGCGCUUCGUCGCGUGCGCCGCGCUGCCCGUCAAGGUCCGGGACGAGACCGAGAACGAGAAGCAGCAGCAGCAGCAGCAGGCAUCCCGCUCCUCUCUCCCUUCCGGAUUCCUGCUGUCGUACGCGGCCAAGGCGGCGCUCUUCUCCGCGCUCGUCUCCGUCCGGUGCUACAGGGCGCGGAUGCCCGCGUACGCCGUGCCCGUGUUCGACGGCGCGCACGUGUACCUGAUGCUGGAGCUCUUCCUCGCGUCCGCCGCGGCGCUCGCCCGCGCGCUGCUGGGCGCGGAGCUGGAGCCGCAGUUCGACCGGCCGUACCUCGCCUCCUCCCUCGGCGACUUCUGGGGCCGGCGGUGGAACCUCAUGGUCCCCGGCGUGCUCCGGCCCUGCGUGUACCGCCCCGUGCGCGCCCGCUUCGGCGCCGCGGCGGGCGUGCUCGCGGCGUUCCUCGUGUCCGGGGCCAUGCACGAGGUCAUGUUCUACUACAUCACGCUGGAGCCCGGCACCGGGGAGGUGACCGCCUUCUUCGCGCUGCACGGCGCGUGCGCGGUGGCCGAGCGGUGGAUGGCGCGGCAGCAGGGCGGCGCGUGGCGGCCGCCGCGGCCCGUCGCGACGGCGCUGACGCUGGCGUUCGUGACGGGGACCGGGUCGUGGCUCUUCUUCGCGCCCGUGAUCCGGAGCGGGCUGGACAAGGCCAUUAUCGCGGAGUGCGAGGGGAUGCUGGCGUUCUUGGAGCGGGCUGGCCGGAAUCUAGCCGCGACGGCACAUUUGGUUUGAACCUCUGUUAAGAUAGUGCUGUACUGGUACAUGUAACAUAACAUGUUGUAACGCCCAUUUGGUUGUCUGCAGAGAUUGCACAAUUAACAGCGCUUUUGUACUACUGUCGAUCCAGUGUUAAAAGAAAAUGUUUGUAUGCUGU